GUCUCUAAUCCUGUGUGGGUCAAAUCCACCCAUAUGACACACUGGCAGCCAGACUGGGCACAUCCACAUCUCUGCUCUUCUCACUCGUGGUCAUGCAAAACUGACCGCUUUACCAUAUCUACAUCAUCCUCUGUCACCCGGAAUGAAGACUUGGGAGUUUAAGUUAACACAAGAGUAGUAUGUUGGACGUGGGAAAGUGGCCGGUGUUUGCCCUCCUGCCCCCUGAGGAACUGCGGCUCAUCCGCCAAGCUUGUGUGUUCGGUAGCGCUGCGAAUGAGGCUAUCUACGUUACCGUCAAUGAUGAGGUGUUUGCACUGGGGACGAACUGCAGUGGCUGCCUGGGACUUGGGGACACGCAAAGCACCAUUGAGCCCAGGCGGAUAGACAUCUUGUGUGGGAAAAAAAUUGUGUCUUUAAGCUAUGGCACAGGGCCACACAUGGUCAUCGCCACUGCAGAUGGAGAAGUUUAUGCCUGGGGUCACAAUGGCUACAGUCAGCUGGGUAAUGGCACCACCAACCACGGUCUAACUCCUGCCUUGGUUUCCACCAACCUCAUCAGCAAGAGGGUGACAGAGGUGGCAUGUGGCUCUCAUCACACCAUAGCCCUGACCACAGAGGGAGAGGUGUAUGCUUGGGGAUACAACAACUCUGGGCAGGUGGGCUCUGGAUCCACAGCCAACCAGCCCACCCCACGCAGGGUCAGCAGCUGCCUGCAGAAUAAGGUGGUGGUCAACAUUGCCUGUGGACAGCUCUGCUCUAUGGCCGUUCUGGACAAUGGGGAGACUUACGGCUGGGGUUAUAACUGCAAUGGGCAGCUUGGUUUGGGUAACAAUGGCAACCAGCAAACCCCUUGCCGGAUCGCCGCCUUACAGGGAAUUAACAUUGUACAGGUGGUAUGUGGAUAUGCACACACACUGGCUCUUACAGACGAAGGAUUUGUUUACUCUUGGGGUGCAAACUCGUACGGGCAGCUGGGUACUGGGAACAAAAGCAACCAGGCUGUGCCCACCCUCAUCAACAUGGACAAAGAAAGAAUGGUGGAGGUUGCUGCAUGUCACACCAGUCACACAUCAGCGGCGAAAACACAGAGCGGUCAGGUGCUGAUGUGGGGUCAGUGUCGGGGUCAGGCCGUGGCGUCCCCUCACCUCACACACUUCACCAGCACUGACGAUGUCUUCGCCUGCUUUGCCACACCGGCAGUCACCUGGCAUCUCCUGUCUGUGGAUGGAGAUGACUACCUGACUGUUGCCCAGUCGCUAAAGCGCGAGUUCGACAGCUCGGAAAUCUCUGACCUAAAGUUCCUGGUUGAUGGGAAGUGUAUUCACGUGCACAAAGCCCUGCUUAAAAUCAGGUGUGAGCAUUUCCGAGCAUUGCUGAACGAGACUGAUGAAGAGACCAUAGAGAUUCAUCAGUUCACUUAUCUGGUAUAUCGUGCAUUCCUGGAGUAUCUGUAUACUGAUACCAUCAACCUCCCACCUGAGGAUGCCAUUGGUCUUCUGGAUUUGGCCACGUACUACCGUGAGAGCCGUCUGAAAAGACUGUGUCAGGAGACCAUCAAGAGAGGCAUCACAGAGGAGAACGCUAUAACACUGCUCUCAGCUGCUGUCAAGUAUGAAGCCCGGGAUCUGGAAGAGUUCUGUUUCAAGUUUUGCGUUAACCACCUGACGGCUGUCACUCAGACGCAGGCCUUUGCCGACAUGGACCACGAUCUGCUGAAGAACUUCAUCAGCAAAGCCAGCCGCUACGGGGCAUUCAAGAACUAACAGAAAGACAUUGGCUAAGGAGGUUUUUUGCUUUGGCUCUUCUACAUCCAGGCAAGUUAUCUCUAAUAGCUCAGAUUUGGAGAGAGAGGAGCCAAAUUCCUGUGGCUCGACCGUGAAGAAGUGGUAAAAGCCACUGCACUGGUUGUCUUCUGGGUCCCAGUGCCUUUAAAUUACAUCCCCUUCUGAAGCCCUAUGUAAAUGGAAGAAUUCAAGACUGGAUUCAAAGGGACCAGACGAGUCUCAAAAGAUUGUAUUGAAAUGGCUAAACGAAAAGAAACCUCUGAGGUGCUUUAUGAGCAAGGGAUUCAUCUGUGCAUAAGCAAAAGGGAAGACCAUCUCACGUAGGAGAUGGUUGAUGGGAGAAAGAGUUGCUUUUCUGUUACUGAAUUAUUGUUUUGGGUCAAGAUCACAUUAAUUUGCAAUAUAUUUCCAGAUUGGAAAGUCACAGUCAGCCAAACAAGUUGUCCAUCUCAAAUCCAUCUAUCAUUGUCAUGAUGGCCUUUAUAAAGCAGGCCAACAGCCGUACCUCCUGAUGGAGGUUACCUGUGUCAUAGGAUAUCAUGUUUUUUUUCCCUGGCAUUAGAAGAAACUUUACACAGUAAUAUGUCAUAUUAGAGUGUUAUAGCUUUAUUUUUAAAUGUAGUAUUAAGUAGCUCCAAUUUAAUUUACAGAUCCAACUAAUCUCAUUUAUGUUAUUUUUUUACUGACAGUAAUGUUACUUUUGAUAUGUUUGCGCUUUUUCUGUUUAACAGUAUUAUUUUGAAUAUGUCAGAAGUCAUAUUUUUACAAGCACUAACACAAGUGUCAGGGUGAAUGUCUCAAAAACUGUCAAGGAACUGUGCAGACCAUAUUUCAGCCCAAAAUGAAAAGAAAAUUAUAUUUUGCUUGAGAAAAGCCUGGUUGUUGGAUGUUUAAAACACACACACACACACACACACACACACACACAUCAAAAUAUAAAUUUUAUUUUAGCAAGAUAGCAUGAAUGUAUUUUAGUGUGUUUUUUUUUUUUUUUUAAUUUGGACUGAAGUAUGAGCCAGAUAUUUCUUAAUGACAUGUAUAGGCUGCGCAGUUGGGAAAUAGUGCCGUCUGGUGGUGUUGAUGCAAAACUAACCAUGUGCCCAUAUUAUGUCAUUCAUUCAUUUUCCAUUGACCCUAAAGACUUUCUUUUACCCACAGUGAAUCAGACAGAUAUUUUCAUCACUCAUUAUAGCAUCAACCAACCAAACUAAUCUUGAAAUAGCACUUGAAACAACAAGCAUAUAAACACAUAAUUCAAGUGUUUACAGUAGGUUAAGAGGUGUUAAGCAAACACAACCUGACACAAUCAGAGAGAGCUUUCACUCUCUCUCACAGGUCACAAUGUCUUCUUGAUUCUUGAUGGUCAGUUGUUACAGUCUUUUCAUACUUGUUUACACAGUCAGGGGUUUCUGUUGGGACGUAGAUAUUUCUACAUUAUUUCCUUCUUUUGUAACCCCACAAAUGAGGGCCAGGACCGCUAACUCUGCCCGAUUGCCAAGAUAGGGUUGUUAAAUGUUCCCCAGUGGUCAUGUUAUAAAUGGGGACUUAAAUAAUUUGACACUUGAAUAAUCUCUGUUUUAAGAUGAUACCAAACUUACUGUUUUCAUUUAAGCAAAUGUCAUACAGCACUUUGAAUAUUUAAAUAAAUAUGCUAUAUAAGUUA